AAAUUGUUUUGGGCUGGGCCUAACGUUUCGCUUAAAAAUUUGAAGAAGCCUGUAUUUUCCACCUUCUUUGUUUAGUUUCAUCUUCUUCCCCGGUCUCGUUAGGGUUUACAGCUCGGUACGCUGCGAAAUUCGAAAACAAAUCUCCACAUUCUAAUCCGUAGACUGUGGCCAUGUCUUCAUCCAAAGACGCGGACCCAACCCUUGGUUACCUUACUCGGAAGGACACGGAGGUGAAGCUUCCGCGGCCAACCAGGGUAAAGAACAAAACCCCCGCUCCAAUUCAAAUAACCGCCGAGCAGAUUCUUCGCGAGGCUCGGGAGCGUCAAGAGGCCGAGAUCCGUCCUCCGAAGCAGAAGAUCACCGACGCGACAGAACUCGGCGAGUAUCGGUUGCGGAAGAGGAAGGAGUUCGAGGACCUAAUUCGGCGCGUGCGAUGGAACAUUGGCGUGUGGAUCAAGUACGCGCAGUGGGAGGAAUCACAGAAAGACUUCAAACGCGCUCGCUCCGUUUGGGAAAGAGCGUUGGAAGUGGACUACAAGAAUCACACCCUGUGGCUCAAGUAUGCGGAGGUGGAGAUGAAGAACAAGUUCAUAAACCACGCUAGGAACGUGUGGGACCGUGCUGUUACACUUUUGCCUAGGGUUGAUCAGUUAUGGUACAAGUACAUUCACAUGGAGGAGAUGCUCGGCAAUGUUGCCGGCGCGAGACAGGUUUUCGAAAGGUGGAUGAAAUGGAUGCCUGAUCAGCAGGGAUGGCUCUCUUACAUUAAGUUUGAGUUAAGAUACAACGAGGUUGAGCGAGCCAGAGAGAUAUUUGAGCGAUUUGUUCAGUGCCACCCGAAGGUUGGGGCAUGGAUUCGAUAUGCUAAAUUUGAGAUGAAGAAUGGAGAAGUUUCUAGGUCCAGGAAUGUUUAUGAGAGAGCGGUGGAUAAGCUCUCCGACGACGAAGAAGCGGAGCAGCUAUUUGUUGCUUUUGCUGAGUUUGAGGAAAGGUGUAAGGAGACAGAGCGUGCAAGAGCUAUAUAUAAGUUUGCCCUUGAUCAUAUUCCCAAGGGAAGGGCAGAGGAUUUGUAUCGCAAGUUUGUGGCCUUUGAAAAGCAGUAUGGUGAUAGGGAAGGGAUUGAGGAUGCUAUUGUUGGGAAGAGACGGUUUCAGUAUGAGGAUGAAGUGAGGAAAAAUCCAUUGAAUUAUGAUUCUUGGUUUGACUACAUAAGGUUGGAAGAAAGUGUGGGCAAUAAAGAAAGAGUCAGGGAGGUUUAUGAGAGGGCUAUAGCCAAUGUGCCUCCAGCAGAGGAAAAGCGGUAUUGGCAGCGCUAUAUCUAUUUGUGGAUUAAUUAUGCCCUCUACGAAGAGCUUGAUGCUGGAGACAUGGAGCGAACAAGGGAUGUAUACAGGGAGUGUCUCAACCAGAUACCUCACCAUAAGUUCUCGUUUGCAAAGAUAUGGCUUCUAGCAGCUCAGUUUGAAGUACGUCAGCUGAAUCUCAAGGGUGCUCGACAAAUAUUAGGAAAUGCCAUUGGAAAGGCCCCUAAAGACAAGAUUUUUAAGAAGUAUAUAGAGAUAGAGUUGCAGCUUGGUAAUAUAGAUCGGUGCAGAAAACUUUAUGAAAAAUAUCUGGAGUGGUCUCCUGAGAAUUGCUAUGCUUGGAGCAAGUAUGCAGAAUUGGAGAGAUCUUUAUCUGAGACUGAUCGGGCUAGAGCAAUUUUCGAACUUGCAAUUGCUCAACCAGCACUAGACAUGCCUGAGCUGUUGUGGAAGGCAUACAUUGACUUUGAGACUGCCGAGGGUGAGUUCGAAAGAGCUAGAGCCCUUUAUGAAAGACUUCUUGAUCGAACAAAGCAUUUGAAAGUUUGGAUAAGUUAUGCUGAAUUUGAGGCUACGGCUGUGGACAAGGACAAUGUGGACUUAACAGAACAUGAACAAAAGAAGCAAUGCAUUCAGCGUGCUAGAAGGGUGUUUGAGGAAGCUCUUAACUACUACAGAUCAUCUGCUCCUGAUUUGAAAGAAGAAAGGGCAAUGCUAUUGGAGAAAUGGCUCAACAUGGAGGCUUUGUUUGGGGAGCUGGGUGACGUUAGCUUAGUCCAAUCUAAGCUGCCCAAGAAGCUCAAGAGAAAGCGGGUUAUCACUGAAGAUGGUGCUUCGAGAACUGAAGAAAUCAUCGACUAUUUGUUCCCUGAGGAAACUGAGACAGCCUUUGGCAAGAUCUUGAAUGCUGCUCAAAAAUGGAAGAUGCAAAAAUUGUCUUCUGGUGAUAUUUAGGAAUAUCUUGUAGCUGUCAAGCUUGUAUAUAUGGGCAAGAUUUUUCUUGGAUAACAAAAAACGGUAGCAUUUGCCGCCAAGUCAAUCUUGGGCUUUUAAAAGUUUGCGACACGCAUUUGAGGAACAUCUGCUUUUAAAAGUUCAGGCCCUGGUUGCAACUUGUAAAUCGCAAUUUUCUCUCACGAAUGAUUAAGGCUAUGUCAAUGCUAAAAUCAACUGUUGAAUGCGAAGAUGUAUCAUGUUUGUAACAACAUUUACUGGGUUUAUUAAUUUAUUUUUGGCCAAUAGAUGUUAUUUAGGGUAGAUCACAUACUUGCAUUUUACUUGCACGUGCCAUGUAGAUCAAAUGGAUUUGACCCGAGUUAGAAUUUUUCCUAAUAGUAAAUUGCCUUGAAUACGGGAUGCU